GCGUUUGAACGUUGCUGUUGAAGCGGCGAUGGGAAUUGGCCAUCGUACGUUCAAGAAAUGGAGAGAUACUAGUCUUUCCUCUUUUAAUCAUCUCGGAAUCCGAGGCAAAGCACAGAGAUAAGGGCGGCAGGAAUCAGAUUCUGAUCCAUUUUGGUUUCUUCGCAUUUGCAUUUUGAUCGGAUGUACCAGAUCCGUCUCGAGGAGAAGCUGCCAUCAUCAUCAAUGGCGGGAGAAGAUGGGAGGUGCGGAACGCGGAUGAUGGGGGUGCCGACGUCGCCGCAGGGGCACCCGGCGAACCAGGAAGCGGCCACAUGGGUCCCCGGAGACGCCAUGGAUCCAACCAAGGGAGGGGGAGGAGGUGGUUCGUACGUCAAUUACUACUACGCAGCACCGCCGAUGUCCUCUGGUGGCAGCGGUUACCCGCCACCUUCCGGCAACCCUUACGUGCAAACGUCUCCUGUUCCCAACUCCACCGCUAAGAGUACCAUGGAUACGAUCGCGGGGGUGCUGAAUAAGUUGGGGAAGAAGAUCGACAAGGGUGCCAGGAAGGCCGAGGGGUACGCCGGGAACGUGUGGCAACACCUGAAAACUAGUUCAAACCCUGCAGAUGCAGCCAUGGGAAGAAUUGCGCAAGGAACAAAGGCCCUCAUAGAAGGUGGACAAGACAAGAUUUUCCAUCAUACAUUUGAGACCUUGCCCGGGGAGAAGCUCCAAAAGACAUUUGUUUGUUACUUAUCAACUUCAUCCGGUCCGGUCAUAGGAACAUUGUUUUUAUCAACAAGCAGACUUGCCUUUUGUAGUGACAAUCCCUUGUGUUAUAGCCCACAGCCAGGCCAGCAGUCGUGGAGCUACUACAAGGUAAUUGUGCUUCAUGAACGGCUGGCUACAGUGACCCCAUCUUCAAACAGGUUGAAUCCUACUGAAAAGUACAUUCAGAUCACUACAAGAGAUGGACAUGAAUUCUGGUUCAUGGGGUUUGUUUCCUAUGAUAAGGCACUACAUAGCCUCACUGAAAUCCUGCAGCGUUCGGGGCCCUUUCGCACUUGAAACUGUUAGAACUCGGCCGUCCUGUAUGCGGCCUUAGAAUAUGUAUGCUAGGUAUAUGGUUUAUUCUGAUAUGUGAUACUGAAGUACUUGACGGAAUUUUACUGUUUUGCAAUUUGACAACAAAAAAGGAAAUCGUUA